AUGUCAGUCUCACAAUAUUUCGAGUUUGAAAACGGCGACCGUAUGCCAGGAAUUGGCUUUGGAACUUGGCAAUGUUCCGAGGAUGUCUUGGAGAAGGCUGUGGAAGAAGCUCUAAACGCUGGGUACAGGCACUUCGACUCGGCUCAAGCGUACGAAAAUGAAGCAGCCUUAGGUAGAGCUCUGAACCGCUGGAUUGGAGGUGACAAACAGAAAAGAAAGGAACUCUUCAUCGUUACAAAACUAUCUAACAGUGGAAACCGCCCGGAUCUCGUUGAUCAAUUUUUUUCACAAUCUUAUAACGCCCUGGGAUUGGAGUACAUCGAUUUGUAUCUCAUGCAUGCUCCCUUCUCUUUCAAAUACGUACCUGGUGAUCUACAUCCCAAGAAUCCAGAUGGAACUAUGCAGGUGGAUCUGACAACAGACAUUAUUAGCACAUGGCAGGCGAUGCAAAAGUUAAAGGACUCUGGGAGGGUCCAUCAUUUAGGCGUGUCCAAUGUGAAUGAAGAACAGUUAAAGCGGCUCUGUACGAUAGCGAAACCAGCCUGUUUACAGAUCGAAGUCCAUGUACUUUGUCAGCAGCGGCCUCUGAUUGAUGCGGCUAACCGCUUGGGUAUACCAGUAGUUGCGUAUUCGCCUUUGGGAUCUAAAGCUCUCGCUGACGCACUGGCUGCUAAAAAUGGCCGAAGUUAUCCCACCUUGUUAGAUUUGCCAGAGAUUAAAGCGAUUGCGAAGAAACAUUCCCGCACUCCUGCGCAAAUCUUGUUACGUUUUUUGUUGCAACAUGGCGUAGCUGCUAUUCCGAAGAGCACAAAUCCCAUCAGAAUUAAACAGAAUAUAGCUGUGUGGGACUUUAACCUGGACGAUAGUGAAAUGAAGCAAUUGGCAAGCUUAGACCGAGGAGAAGCUGGUCGGAUCUGCGAUUUCUCUUUUUUCGCCGGUGUUGAGAAACAUCCCGAAUUCCCUUUUAAGAAGUAG